UCUUCUUGUAGUUGUUAAUAAUCUCUUCCAUCUGCAAGCCUUUGUAAACCCUCUUCCCGUCACUCUAGCCCAACCGAAGAACAAAACGAUCGAGCAGAACAAAAACCUCCUUUGAUCAACUCGAACGAGCCGGGAAGACGAAGCAAAAGAAACAGAAAAACUAAAACCGAACUUCGAUCAAAUCGAUCGAAUUUGGAGGACAAUAAGGUGUAAAGUCUAAGGGAAGGGAUUGCUCUGGCGAUACCAGGGCAAGCGGGCGCCGCCGCCAGCGCGGCGGCAACAAUAGGGACGGACCGAAGAUCUAUUAGAUUCGUCUCUCUCACUUGUGUUUUAGAUGAAGACCAAGCUCUUCCCCAGUCCAGAUGCGAACUUCAGAUUCCACCCCUUGCUACAACGACUGAAGACAUCCCACGGGCGACCAAGACCUCUCGCGAUCCACCUAUAAGGAAACAGAGGUGAUCCUACUCUGGAGAAGACAGGUCACAUCAGCGCUCUUGCAGACGGAGAUUCCUCAGGGGUUGCGCUGGUAGGCUUGCGAACCAAUCUGGGAGCUAUAGAUUGGCGGUGUAAAACAGUCCGCACAAGGAAUGAAGACUUGCUGAUGGAGGCUGGGAAAGACGCUGUACUGAUCUACGGAGGGACAACAGCUUUUGGGGAAACAGUGACCGUCGAUGGAUUGCUAAAUACGUACAAGAAGGAGCUGAUACUUGUAGGGGCAGAUUGUAUAGAUUUUCUCACUCAGACCGAGAACACUGGCGCUCAAGGUGUCAAAUGGGGUGCACAAGUCUGGGCUGUCACGAUAGUUGGCAGUGCUAUCCUACUCAACCGGUGAGGCGAUUGGGACUUUCCCAGGUCUGGAAUCAGAACAAGUCAGGCAGACACUACAUAACUGACGAGAGUUCUCUUAUUAUUGAAAGUAAACUCUUUUCUUUCAAUAUUUCAGAUUCAUCAAUUUGCAUUAGAGAGAGUAAACAUGGUCUCUUUUCUGCUAUUGAAUUUGAUCGUAAUGGUGCUAUCUGGUUAUGUGCAUCUUUGCCUAAAGUUCUGCCCGGAAAAUCUCUUUUCAAAUCAGUUCUUAACAAAUACAUCACUGCCAGUUUAGAUGGUAAUAACUUUGGGGGGUUCGUUAGAAUUUUUUCGGGGAGGAUUCUUUGUUUAUACCAGAGGGAAAAAUGGAGUUGGUUUCACUAGAUUUAUUGCCGGUCUCUCGCAUGCAAUUACCAGACUGAGAGAAUCAUCUCCCCAACAGGCAGAUUCACAACAAAAAUUGAAUGAGGCUGGUUGUUCAGAUUUUGAGAUAAUUAAUCUCGUUAUUGAUCGUAUGGACGGGAAUUAUGUAGACACUAAGGAGCUCACUAUCUCAGAUGCCUUAUUACAAGCUGAUUUAGUAUAUUCUGGAAAUAUGAUCGGUACUUUGGGCUCUCCGGUAACAACUACUUGAUUUGAUUCUUCUCACAUUUGUGCCACGUUAGAAUCCUCUGUUUCAGAGCUAAAACUAUUCCUCCAGGAUACAAUGAACUCGAGUGUUGCUAAUUUGUCAACAUUUAUAUCCAAAGAAUAUGAGCGUAUCUUUAAACAACUAUCUGAAACCCAAGGACUAAUUAAAUAGUGAGCAAUCACAUAAAGAGGUGCUUGCUGAUGACCAACAGGAUACUAAAAAAAGGAUGCUGCCAAGAGAGGUGCUAAGCGGGGAAUUGGAGUUAGAGCAGCCAAAAUUGAAAAUCAGGAGGCCGACUCCUCGAGGGAGUUUUUCUUAGGUCACACUUCGGAGAAAGAAAAGCGGACUCCUAUGUCAACGAUGGAAGAUUUAUGGGAUUUCAAAACUAAUCAAGAUAUUUUCAAUAAGGCUUGCUGAUAACGAGGGAUAACUACUUGCCUACGAACAAUAUGAAUAUGCAGAUGAACAACUACAAAAGGAGAAAUCAACAUUCACAUCGUAUGAGGACGUGAACUCAAACUCGCAUGGAGCAUUGAGGAGUUUUACUAUACUUAGGGAGUUAGGGUUCUAUUGGAUGGGCAUUUGUAUGGGUAGGGUUGGGCUCUAUAUCUAGUUGCAUUCCUCUUGUUUCUCUAUUUUUUUUCUUCCUUCUUUCACAUGUACGUUUUCCUCUUUUCUUAAUAAAACGAGGCGCACCUCCCAGUAUUUUUCUUUUAAUUUUAAAACGAGGAAAAUCC